ACCGCGCAAUAGAUCGUUUCUCCAAAAUGGCGCUGUGUUUACGUUGUCUCCUAUUCGCUUAGUUUGAAUGCUUAGUCUAUUGAUGCAUGUACUGGUAUUUUCAUUAAGCAUAGUACAUUUGUAACUUCAAGAUGAUGCAGGCUGCAGAGGCUGCUACAGACUCAUCACUGAGAGAUGGAAUAGAGGCGCUCGGAGUGGUCGAGAAUGAGAAAACCACUGGAAGGGAAAAGGAAAGUGACCAGGAUGGGACAGGAAAAGAGGAGGAUACCAAAUCAGAAGACGCAAAAGAUGGAAACCAAAGUGGACGAAUGGAAGAGGGGCAGGUAGGCGAGAUGCAGACAGACAACAUGGACGGAGCAUAUAAAAAGCAAGCAGAUGAUGAAGAGUGGGAAAUUGCCUACAGCGACGAUGACAUUGAGGACCCGAAAAACUGGAUGCCUUCUCCUGAAGAAAUCAAAAGACUGUACGAGCUCCUAUCGAAAGGGGAGAAGCUGGAGCUGAAUUUUGUGCCCCUUCCUCGAAGAUCUCCUACCCCUGAGCACAGCCCCUCACCUGAAAGGGAUGAUGAGGACGAGGAGGCAAAAGAGAGGGAGAGGGAGGAUAGAGAGCGCAAGGCCCCAUCUCCCACUGAGUUUGAUUUUGAUGAAGAGCAAGCUCAGCAUACUCCAAAAAAUGCUUUCAUCAAUCGUCGAAGGCCACCAGGGUCCUCGGCUCGAUCUUCCGUCAAACGAGAGGCUAGGUUAGACAAGGUGCUGUCCGACAUGAAACGGCACCGUAAAAUUGAGGAGCAUAUUCUCCGGACAGGACGUGACCUCUUUAAGAGCGACAAGAGCAGCCGGGCAGGGCCAGAGGAAGCCCUCUCUCCCAACAGUCAGAAAGAGAGAGAAAAGGAGAGGGAGAGAGACAGCGAUCCCAGCAAAAUCUUCUCGCCGAGACAGAGGCGGUAUUAAGACAAGACUGUAAAACAGGAACUGCAGCCCAGAAGAGGUUUUAGGGCUGCACUCCCAACCUGAAUUGGUUCAUGCCAUUAUCAUUGGUUUUGUGAUGAUUGUGUUUUGUAUGACUGUAAUAAACAUGGAACUCUUUUAGAU